CUUGGAUGCGAAAAGUGCAAUAUGUAGCUACACUUCCGCUGACUUUCGGAAGAAAUUGUAUUUGUUUAUAUGUAAACUCUUUUCUCGUGAUCUCUUUUCUGUCGACAAAAUGGAUACAGGAAGAGAUUCAAAUGGUGUUACAAAACAAAGAGAUAUCACAAGUAGGCAUACAUUACGACGUAAUCAAGAAACGGACAAUCCUUGUUACAAGGAGUAUCUCUUGUCUCUGAAAUGCCUCAGUUCUGGUAAAGGAAACUCUCAUGAGACAUGCCAGCCAUAUUUCGUCAAUUACAGGAAUUGUAAAGAUUUCUGGGCUUCUGUACAACAUGAGCGCAAAUUGAAAGAUAUCGAACCGUACCUGCCACCUCCGGAAGAGCGCGCCAAAAUAAAGACUGAUUUCCUAAACUCAAGAUAAUGAUAGAUAUAGCACACGGCUUCAUUU